CAGCCUAGUACCAUAUAUAAUUGACUACGAGCAAUUUGUUUUAGACAUUUAACCAAUUGAAAGUCAAAAAAUAAGCUAUUUUAGAAUAUGAGUUUCUUACGUCAAAUUAGUAAGCGCAUCACUUGCAAUCAAGUACGCUUAAUGUCACAGUUGGGAGAUUUAGGUAGCGGCGCCGGUAAAGGUGGCGGAGGCGGUGGAUCUAUUCGCGAAGCCGGUGGAACUUUUGGUAGAAAUGAAGCAGCUCGCGAAGAAGAGUACUUCUACAAGCAGCAAAGGGAGCAAUUAGCUCAGCUGAAAAGCGGCUUGACCGAUGAGAUCAAUUUCCAUGAAGAGCAGAUCAAGAGGCACCAGGACGCAAUUGCCAGACACAAGAAGCGCGUUGAAGAAAUGGAGAGGCAGGUCAAAUAAGGAUCUGG